AACUUGGCCCUAUUCCACAACCGGUCGCCAGGGGGCGAUGUGCAUCUCCAGGUUACACCGCUACAUCAGGCAUAGAAGAAGAUCUAGUAGUAGUAGAAGUUAAAGGAGAAUCAUUGUGUGGAGUAAAUACACCUGGACAAGUAGAACACUAGAUGGUCGGUCUGUUCACACGUACGAGCAUUUCUGCUAUGUUUAGAGAUUUAUUCGAUCCUCUACCGGGAUGAAAUGAGACCGAAUACUUCGUUUCGGUGAUUCUAGCUGACUCGGCUAACCGAGCCGCCGUUGUUGUAUUUAGCAUUAACACCGCUGUUCAACCGUCCAGCUAAUGGAAGUGAGUCUCAGUGGACACCACGGCGUCCGGAGGCCAGGGUCUGGCGGUUUACGGAGUCGGAAAACAUGCACGCGCGCGGAGAAGGCGCGCGCGCACGACGAGACACCUGGCACGCGACACGUUGACCUCGUGGACUCCCCCAGCCAGGCGCGUUCAAACGGAUCAUUAACAACAACAUCAUCAUUAUCCAGUGAUCUCUCUAAACCCUGGCGCUCUCCCCGCAGUAAUACCGCUCCAGUGCUCCCUCUCCUCUCGGUGCUGCUCCUGUCCGCGUGCACGCGCUUCUACACGCUCACCGAGCCGCCGCACGUGUGCUGGGAUGAGACCCACUUUGGGAAGAUGGGCAGCUAUUAUAUUAACCGCACGUUUUUCUUUGAUGUUCAUCCACCGCUCGGCAAGAUGCUGAUUGGCUUAGCAGGAUACCUGACGGGUUACAAUGGCACCUUUCCUUUCAUCAAACCAGGCGACAAAUAUGAGCAUCACAACUACUGGGGGAUGAGAGGGUUCUGCGCAGCACUCGGCUCCUGUCUGCCUCCUUUUGCUUACGUGGUGGUCUGGGAGCUUUCUCGUUCUACCAUGGCUGCUCUUAUUGCAGCUUCCCUACUUAUUUUCGACACUGGGUGCAUCACCCUCUCUCAGUACAUCCUGCUCGAUCCCAUCCUCAUGUUUUUUAUUAUGGGUGCUGUGCUGUGCAUGGUCAAAUUCAACCGGCAAAGACUCAGAGCUUUUAGCUGGUCCUGGUGGCUGUGGCUGCUUUUGACAGGAGUAAAUCUCGCUGGCUCUCUGGGGGUGAAGUUUGUAGGGCUGUUUGUCAUUUUAUUAGUGGGUAUCAAUACAGCAUGGGACCUCUGGAAACUACUGGGAGAUGUUCGUCUCUCUCUGGUGGAUUUUGCCAAGCACUUGGCUGCCAGGGUGUUCGGGUUGAUAAUGAUUCCCUUGUUUCUUUACACUACAAUAUUUGCUGUUCAUUUUGUGAUAUUAAACAGAAGUGGUCCAGGAGAUGGUUUCUUUAGCUCGGCUUUUCAGUCUCGCCUAAUUGGAAACAACCUUCACAACGCCACCAUGCCAGAAUACUUGGCAUAUGGCUCAGCAAUAACAGUGAAGAACCUAAGAAUAGCUGGAGGUUAUCUUCAUUCACACUGGCACCUGUAUCCAGAGGGGGUCGGAGCCCAACAGCAGCAGGUCACUGCUUAUCUGCACAAAGACUAUAAUAAUCUGUGGCUUGUCAAGAGACCCGAUGACGGUGUGUUUUUAGAUUCCACGGGGACUCCCGAGCUCGUCCGACAUGGUGACAUCAUUCGGCUGGAACACAAAGAAACCACACGUAACCUUCACAGUCACCUUCAUGAGGCACCACUGACUAAAAAGCACCUUCAAGUCACGGGCUAUGGCAUUAAUGGUACAGGCGAUCCCAAUGACCUCUGGCAGGUGGAGGUGUGUGGAGGAAAGAAAGGCGAUCCGGUGAAGGUGUUGCGCAGUAAAGUGCGGUUUCUUCAUCACUCCACUGGCUGCGUGCUCUAUUCAUCAGGCAAGAUGCUCCCGAAAUGGGGCUGGGAACAGGUAGAGGUCACGUGUAGUCCAUACUUAAAAGAAACUCCGAACUCCCAGUGGAACAUUGAAGAUCACAUCAAUCCCAAAUUGCCCAACAUUAGUUUGUGUGUGCUAAAGCCUUCCUUCCUGGAGAUCUUACUUGAAUCCCAUAUUGUCAUGAUCAGGGGAAACAGUGGCUUGAAACCUAAAGACAACGAGGUUAACUCGAAACCUUGGCACUGGCCCAUUAACUAUCAGGGCUUGAGGUUUUCUGGAGUGAAUGAAACUGAGUACCGGGUGUAUCUUUUAGGAAACCCUGUGAUCUGGUGGCUAAAUCUAUUCGCUCUGGCUCUGUUUCUUGUCAUGGUGUGCCUGUUUUCACUGGCGUUACAGAGAGGAGCUAAACUCCAGGAAGAACGAAAAGCACGCUGUGAGGUUCUUUUAGAAGGUGGAGGAAUGCUGUUCUUGGGCUGGUUGCUACACUACAUGCCCUUCUACAUUAUGGGUCGAAUUCUCUACUACCACCACUACUUCCCUGCCAUGCUCUUCAGCAGUAUGCUUACAGGAAUAACAUUGGAUACACUUCUGCAGAAUGCUGACCUGCUGUUUAGUCCACCUGUUUCAAAGUGCAUUUUAAGAGCAGGUCAGGUGGUGCUACUGCUCGGGCUCCUCCACAGCUUUUACCUGUUCCACCCUCUGUCCUAUGGCAUGAAGGGGCCACUUGCUCACGAUCCUGCCUCAUCCAUGGCAGGACUCAAGUGGCUGGAGUCCUGGGAAUUUUAAUGCGUUUUGACAUUAUGCGUGAUAGGGUAGUGAAAUUUUAACUUUUUUACUAGUCUAGUCACUAGAAAGCUGCUAUAAUAGAAACAUUUAUUUAUCUUUUAAACGUCCAUGACAUUUCACUUUUACAUUUAUUUUAGAUUGUGAUUAUGUAUACUAGAUUUUCUAAACAAUAAGCAUCGCUUGGUCCAUUGCAUUAGCACAGAGCUGCGUUUCCCUUUAAACUAAGGGAAGUGUAUGUUAGUAUGUUAUCAGUAUUGUAAAGCAUUUCAGAUUUAAUCUGACAUGUUUGUAGGAGAGUUGGAUAGACUUAAUGACUACUUCAGGUUAGACUGAAUUAAACCUCACAUUAAGUGCCUUUUAAAGAUGAAUUUAUGAAAUUUAGUGACAAAUUCAAUGAGAGAAUGUAGCAUCCGUAGGAGCUUUUUGGGAUUAUGUAAAUCUCAUGAGCAUUUUGAAACUUCUAUAUUAUUAAUUAAAGGUCUGAGUCAUUUUUUAUGUUGAUUUGUACUUUAUAGUAUGAGCAGCACCUAGUCAAUGUGACAAUCCAUACAGCAGAUUGUUGUCAAACUGAUCAUUUUGACGUAAAUAUUAAAUAUUUUUAUACAAGAA